AUGGAUGGUAGGUUGAGUAUGGCUUGGAAGGAACACGCUUGUGUACAUGAAGAAACCAUCAAGUUUUCCGACAUUCCGGAAUAUCAUGAGGGCAAUAAGAAGUAUGGCUUUGUGGUAAGCGAAGGCUUUAUUCCCUGUCCCCAUCUUGAAAACUUUGGUUGGAAUCAGGGAAUCUAUGUUCAUUUCAACGAAGGAUUCAAUGGAGAAGAUAAAGAUAUCGACAUGAAACAUUCAAGGAGAGACUUAGACGGGGCUUAGACAUCACCAAUCUAACAGCUUAUGCGAGAAAGACAUACAGAGGACGACCAUUGACCUUUGUUAUACCAUAUCCUGACAUGGCUAGAUUAAUCAGAGUCGCUCUUCUUUGUUUCGAAGAUAGAACCCCAGAUCCAGGGGUUUACAGCAUGAAGAAAAAACUUCGAAUACCGUUACAGGUUACCCUUCCCUCCGAGGGAUUCUGGGUUCAAGAAAUUACUCCUAGUGCUGCACAAUUCAUGUAA